UAUCGCAACAAUUCCCCUUACGAAGCUAAUGCAGAUGUUCACGCUGCCACUACUUCGAAUAGCAAUCAGUUGGUUGGCAGCCAACAAUAUAAUGAAACUGUGCCUUGUGCUAGUGGUAAAAAUGAUGUUACCAAUAGCUUCGAUGUGGAUAUUUAUGAUAAGAACAACGAUAAGAGAACAGUUACUAAUGCUCGAAUGGGUUCAUCACCAAGAUAUUCCUCUGGAAAGAGUGGAUUGCUCGCAACAGCUUUGCGAGAAGCUAAAAUUACCACAGCAACAGCACAACGACUUGACUCUUCUCCCAGGUAUUCCUCUGGUAUGAGUGGCCUUUUAGCGACAAGUUUACGAGAUAAUGAUCCGUUAACAACGGCAGCUACCACCAUGACACCAGAAUUCCAUCUAAGACGAGAUUCAUCACCGAGAUAUUCAUAUGGAAGAACAGGUUUAUUGGCAACAGCACUGCGAGAAGAUACUUAUAUGCCAGUGACAGAAGCAAUACCAACAACGGCUACGGUGACUGAACGUUACAACCGGCUAGAUUCCUCUCCAAGAUAUUCAUCUGGAAGGACGGGCUUUUUCGCAACAGCUUUGCGAGAAGAGGUUGCAACUGCAGUCAUUCAAGCAGCAAAUAGUCGUAAUCGAUUGGAUUCAUCUCCGAGAUAUUCUUCCGGUAGCACAGAUUUUUUCGCGACAGAAUUACGAGGAACUGGCUCGCCACCAAUUAUGACUACAUCGCCGAGGCAUUCAUCUGGAAGAAAUGAAUUAUUUGCAAGCACAUUGCAAGAGCCUGCUUUGAAAUCAACGACCGCACCGACUGCCGUAACGAGCGAUGUUGGAAGUCGAUUAAAUUCACCGUCACGACAUUCAUCUGGAAAAACGGGUCUAUUAGCAACAGCGUUACGAGAACAUACUCCAUCACUGAUGGUUGCAAAACCAGUCACAACGACGGCAGACGUUAACACAUCCCUGCAUUCGUCGCCAAUAUAUUCGUCUUCAAAUUCAGCCCCCCUUGCAACAACCUUUCGGGAAAUUGAUUCAACGUCAAUGACACCAAAUGUGAUUGCUCUGACGACGAAUGCACCUUCUUUACCUAAACGAACAUCGAUAUUGGAUUCGUCAAAACCAAAUCAACCGAAUGGUAUUCUGCCAAAUGCUAUUAAACGUUCUCUAGAGAACACUGAUGAUGAGUUAUCACAAAACCAGCAGCAACAACACUUGCCACCAAGAUUCGUUGGUGCUGUAUGGCGUGGACACGUGGAAAACCCAUUAGGCGAAGACUUGCAGCCUACCAUUUCAUUACCACAGCCGCAUCAACGCAUAUUGUUUGGUGAUGUCCAAAAUACGGAAGCGUUACUCUCGCAUGGUGACCGUAUGGGUAGUAACAGUACGCGAUUGAACGAACGUCAUGAAACUGCAAAUGAUUUUGCAGCGUACGACGACGAUCACUUUCAUGCUUCCACCUUAGCAUCUAUUGGAGAUACCGAGAAGGAUAUUACUUUUACUGACGCUUUAACUGCAAGUAUUAACAUGCAGCCCUCACCUAGACGCACUAAGGUCGAUCGACUCGUAGUGCAUGACGAUGAAACUGAUAGUGAUAACGAUAAUAUCAAGAGCGACAGUGAUAACCAGUUAAAAUUUUCACAUAGAAUGCCUUCAUCUGAUUUUGAGCAGAGAAGAAGACCGAGCGAAAGAGGUCCCUCGAAAUCACCACCUACAAUAUCAUCAUAUUCGAACAAGCGAAACGAAAGGCUCAGAGUAGUUGGGACACCAACUGAUCUGACACAACAACCGAAACAAAGAUUGAGACGGAAACGAAUUGCAGAAAUGGAUGAAGCGAGAGGAGAUCAUUCGCAAGAUGAACGGCAUCACAUGCAAGGGCAUUUACAACAUCAGCUCCUGCCAUCAACAUCAGCCUCGCUCCAUCGGUCGUCGCCUUCUCCAGCACUCGCCUCUCAGGCACAUACCUCUAGACGUUCAGUGGCAUUGGGACGAUCCCCAACUACAUCUAGAACUACGACAACACUCACUAUUCCUGAUGCGAAUCAACAACUAUCAACAGUAACGGAUGGUCAUAUCAGCAGUCGUAGUUCGCGAAGCCCAUCAUCUAGGGCAUCUACGAAAGCAACAUCGCGAAAUGAAAAGCGACUCGAGGAAAGGGAAAAACAUGAACUGCAAGAAAAUGAUACACGACGACAUCAUUAUGAAGGUCCCAAAGCACCGCCAUCAACGUCUAAUUUGAUCACUGAAGCAGGUAAAAUGCCGAUCUCUAGCGAGAUGUACUCCAUUUCAUCUAGAACUGCUACUCCGAAACGCUCAUUGGCUGCUGAGACUGAGGACCCCAAAAGACCAAAGACAAGGGAACCAAUAACUCGAAGAAAUCCUUUGCGAAACGCUCCAAUAGAUACAAAAUCUAUAGUAAUUGGUACAAAAACACCGGAAAUUGACCCUAAAAAACCCUACCCAUCGUACCAUAAACCUUCACCAGUCACAAGGCCUGUUUCGAAGGCUAAUAGUGGUGCUGCCGUGGGUGCUGAUAAGAAAUUGAAAGGAAAACAGGCGACGAUUGCGACUGUGAGCAGUAGUGAUACAGAAUCAGUGCAAAGUGGAAGAGAUAGUUGUUGGCGAGGUAGAGGGACAUCAAGGUCACAAACCCAACAAAGACGACCACAACAACACUUGACGCCGAGCGGUCGACGUUCUCGAGACAUAGUCUCUUCUGGCUUGAGGUUACCGCAUCUGAAGCCAGUAAUUAUUGAUGUUAACACUGAUGAUAUGAGCACCAGUCCAUCGCCUUCUCGAAGUCGUACACCAUCGCAGACACGCUCACAUCAACUAUCAUCAGCGCGUGACCACCACCAUAAAGACGAUCAAGUUUCCAUCACAUCUGGUAGAAUGCCUUCAACUUCUACGAUUCCUCCAAAAUCUAGUAGGCUUUCAACAAAAUCGAAACAAGCAAAACAGUCUGCUGAGAAUGAGGCAGUUCUAUCUGGCAAUGAUAACAGAGACGUCAAUCAUUCGAACUCAUCUCAGCCACAUCAAAUUGUUGGCAGUUCUGGAACAUUAUCGCAAUAUUUGUUACAAAAUGCAGCUACUACUCUGGAUCCAUCUACCUCUCAGCAUAUGCGACAGAAACAACAACCACAAUCUGAGACAGUCAUUACUGUGACUGAUCCAACUGCACGAAUCUCUGCUCCAUUUGGCCAGUCCACAGAAUUACCCAUAUCAGCACCAGCUUUCCCAAAUUCUCAGCAGCCUUUAGUCCCAGUAAAGUUAACAAUCGUAAGAGACGAUGUAAAAGAUGUCAGGACUGAAUCGUACAAAGAUACCGAUCAAAACGAAAUAAAGCAAGUGAAAACCAGUGAUCAAACUGCUCAGCAUCUUAAAGAUUCAAUUGAUGGACAUAUAAUCGCACAUCAUAUUCCUGAUGAGAAAACUGUUGAGAAACGUUCACUUCGUGACAGUGAAGGUGUGCCAAAUUUGGGUCUAACACCAGAAUCAGAAAAGUCAAAAGUAUCUCUUCCAAAGAAGCAACAACCUACUCAACGAAUCACUGAAAGACCUCAAGAAUUCCGUCUUGAUAUAGAAUCUGAUACAGAUGGUAUCACGGAUCGAAUUUUUGCAUCAAAAUCAACCCUUGCUAAGGACGUUACUGUCAGAGAAGAGAUGGAAUUGGCGACACUAAAUUCAGAAGUGAGUAGAUCCACUGAAGUAGGUCGAGCAAGAGGACGUGAAAGUAGAAAAGGCGGAAAGGAAGUUGCGUUAGUCAAUAUCAGCGACGAUAUUACUGAUGCAUCGGCGUCUGAUAUUAAUGCUGCUGAUCACACAGUAGCUGUUUCAAAUAUGGGUGCUACGCCGAAUCCUGAUGCUAAUAAAAAAGCAACUAUAAGUGGAACAUCUUCAGAAAAGUCGCUCCCAGUUCAGAAGCUAGAUUACGUUCAGGUUCAGCAACAACAACUCGUCAACUCUUCACCAUCUAGACACUUUCAGUCACCUGAAGAGUAUAGUGUAGGAAUGAUUGGGAAGUUACUCAAAAUUGCUUCAAAUACCAACACUGAAGGUGAAUUAUCGAUACUUUUGGGCGAUAAAGCAUCUAAAACAGCUGAACCAGUGAAAGAAGAUAAUGAAAUUGCAUUAGGAAUUCAGAAUUCUGGAGUCGUUGGUAAAAAGAUGACUAAUAAAAGUGAACCAAAAAAUGAAAAAAGAGCCAGCGUUCUUGCAAAAUCAUCUGAUCAACCGAAGGCGAUUGAUCAUUUGACGAAGAAAGAUGUCAAAAAAGAUGAGAUUCGGAUACCAUCUUUGACGAUAUCAAAUCCAAAAAUGGAAGCUGACAGUCAGAAUAGCCCGCUAAUUGAGUCUCCAAGAAAUGGGAUUUUGGGUAAACUAUUAGACUCUAGCAGAGGGGUAACUAGUCCAGUUUCUGAUGGCAAAAUUGAAAAAAAUGAACCGUUGAACCUUCAAAGUUAUGCAUCCAUGGAAUCAGAAGGCGAGCCGGCUGACGCAGAAGAUCGUCGGACAUCUGUUGAUUCAGUUACCGAUCACAAACCGGAAUCUUCGGUUAAGCUACUGGAUUUGGCUAAGAGUGGCGAUUGGACCGCUGUGGAGGAAAUGUUGAGUAAUGAUGAAAGAAUUGAUCUGUCGAUUACGGAUCGGCAUCCUAUCCAUCUAAUUUGUGCUGUACUUCAGCAUGGUUUCAAUGUCUUAUUAUUCGCUGUCAAAGACUCCAAGGUAGCAAUAUUCUCAAAAUUGUUGUCAAUGGGCGCUGACCUCUAUUCAACAACAAAUGACCGUCGUUCGAUUGCGCAUAUAGCAGCGAUGUACAGUAAUGAAGAGAUGGUAGAGUGUAUCUUGUCGAAAGGAGUUGAUUUGAGUCGAACUGCUGGGCCGCAUUCGCAAUUACCUUUGCAUUAUGCAUGUUGUCGAAGUUCACCACGUGGCUAUCGUGUCGCAUGUUUAUUGCUGAAUGCACGUGAUGAGCGAUUGUACGAGGAUCGUGAGAAAUGUCUACCAAUUAAUUAUGCGAUACUUUACAACAACAUUCCUCUCAUCAAGAAGCUGCUGGAACGCAACACUCAACAGCAAAUCAAACACGUAGACGGCAAUGGUGAUACUUUAUUACAUUUGGCCUGUCGUAAAAGCGAGGAUGAGAUCGUGCAAUUGAUCGUUGACCGUGGCGGAUUCGACGUGAAUCAAACAAAUGCAAUGGGAUGGACUGCACUGCAUGAAGUGGCGUGUAAUGGCGACGAAAAAGCUUUGAAGAUUAUGAUCAAAUUGCAGGCUGAUGCGAACAUCCAUGACCAGGAGGACCGAACUCCACUGCAUGUGGCCGCCGAGCGUGGUCAUACUCAAGUGGCGGAGAUGUUGAUUGAUAAGUUCGGUGGUUCGAUUGGUGCAAGGACUCGUGAUGGCAGCACUUUGCUGCAUAUUGCAGCUCUUUACGGACAUGCCGACACCGCACUCGCCUUCCUCAAACGGGGUGUACCACUCUACAUGCCCAAUAAACGCGGUGCGGUAGGAUUGCACUCCGCAGCAGCGGCCGGUUUUACAGAUGUGGUACGUAUGCUCAUUCUUCGGGGCACCAAUGUGGACAUACGGACCAGGGAUAACUAUACCGCACUACACGUUGCGGUACAAUCGGGUCGUGCAUCCGUAGUAGAGACGUUGCUCGGAUUCGGAGCAGAUGUGCAUCUGGAAGGUGGUCGAUUGGGCGAGACUGCGUUACACAUUGCUGCAUCGUUAACCACCGAGGAUGCGACUCAAUGUGCGAUCAUGCUAUUGAAGAGUGGUGCCCAGCCGAACGUGACCACAAAGGAUGGUGAAACGCCACUGCAUAUCGCAUCCAGAAACCCGUUACCGUCAAUGAUACGAUUGCUGCUAAGUGAAGGUGCUGACCCGAAACUCACCUCUUUGAAGGGAGAAAGUGCGUUGCAUGUUGCAUCACGAUGCUGUAACAGUGAAGCAGUACGUCUUAUGUUGGAACAUCUUCAGAAAUCAUCAUCGCUUUCUGAGAUAAAAAAAUUCGUUAAUGCAACUACUUUUGAGGAGGGUUUAACAGCCGUUCAUUAUGCAGCUGAAAUCACACACGAUCAAUUGCAUUCAGAGGGUGAGGAUGGAAAACUGAUCAAUACGUUGAUCGAAUAUGGCGGUCAACCUGAAAUUCAGACCAUUUCGAAUCUAGAAACAGCAAUGCAUUUAGCAGCACGAUCAGGAAAUGAAACAGUAUUAUUGGCGAUGGUCGCGAAACUUGGUCCUGGUGCUGUACAAAUAGUACAAAAUAAACAAUCGAAGAGUGGUUGGUCGCCGUUACUGGAGGCGUGUGCCCGAGGUCAUUUGGGAGUGGCUAGGAUUCUGCUGAAACAUCACGCGAGAGUGGAUGUAUUCGAUGAAAAUGGUCAAACUGCGCUGCAUUUAGCUGCCGCAAAUGGACAUGUGCAUUUAACACAUUUACUGUUACAACAUAAAUCUUUUGUGAAUAGUAAAUCGAAAGCUGGUGAAGCACCGUUGCAUCUGGCCGCACAAAAUGGUCAUGUAAAAGUGGUGAAUAUAUUAGUGCAAGAUUACGGUGCAUCGUUGGAGGCGAUCACGUUGGACAAUCAAACGGCACUACAUUUCGCUGCGAAACACGGUCAACUUGCUGCUUCACAAACGUUAUUGGCACUCGGUGCAAAUCCGAAUGCGAGAGAUGAUAAAGGCCAGACGCCUUUGCAUCUGGCUGCCGAGAACGAUUUCCCCGACGUUGUGAAGCUGUUUUUGAAAAUGAAACAGAACAAUCGCGGUGUACUGACAGCCGUUGACUUCAAUGGAUUCACAUGUGCACAUAUCGCUGCCGUGAAGGGAUCGUUGGCUGUAGUGAAAGAAUUGAUGAUGAUCGAUAAAGCAAUGGUUAUACAGGCAAAAACGAAAACAAUGGAAGCAACAGCGUUGCAUAUGGCAGCAACUGGAGGACAUGAAAAAAUUGUGAAAAUUUUACUGGAAAAUGGAGCGAAUGCAGAGGAUGAAAAUGCGCAUGGUAUGACUGCGCUGCAUCUGGGAGCAAAGAAUGGUUUCAUCUCAAUUCUGGACGUUUUUGAGAAAAGUUUAUGGAAGAGGUGCUCGAGGAAGACGGGCUUGAAUGCAUUGCAUAUAGCGGCAUAUUAUGGAAAUACGGAAUUCGUGCUUGAAAUGUUGAAGCACAUACCUGCAAAUUCAAGAUCAGAACCACCGAUUUACAAUCAUCAUGUCAUGAAAGAAUUUGCUACUGAGUAUGGAUUAACACCGUUACAUUUGGCUGCUCAAUCUGGUCAUGAUUCGUUGGUGAGAAUGUUAUUGAAUCAAGGGGUUCAAGUUGAUGCCACCUCAACAACUAUGAGUAUAAUUCCAUUGCAUUUGGCUGCUCAGCAAGGUCACAUAGCUGUGGUUGGUAUACUCUUGUCGAGAUCAACUCAACAGCAACACGCAAAGGAUUGGAGAGGGAGGACACCGUUGCAUCUAGCUGCCAUGAAUGGUCACUAUGAGAUGGUAUCGUUACUUAUCGCACAGGGAUCAAAUAUCAAUGUUAUGGACCAAAACGGUUGGACAGGGAUGCAUUAUGCCACAAGGGCAGGUCACAUAAAUGUGGUAAAGUUGUUCGUCGAGAGUUCCGCGGAUGCACAAGCUGAAACGAAAGAGGGAAAAAUACCGUUGUGCUUUGCGGCAGCACAUAAUCACUUGGACUGCUUACGGUUUCUACUGAAACAAAAACACGAUACGCAUGUGUUGAUGGACGACAGGAAGUUCAUCUUCGAUUUGAUGGUUUGUGGUAAAGGCACCGAUAAUGAACCGCUCAAAGAGUUCAUUCUACAAAGUCCUGCACCGAUCGACACGGCCGUAAAACUGUCAUCACUUUAUCGCGAUAUGAGCGAAAAAGAAAAGGAACGUGCUAAAGAUCUAUCAAAUGCAUCGACAUAUGCAGAAGAUAUGGCCGUUGAACUGCUAAGCAUAACUGCUAGUGAAUACAACGCUGCGAUAUUGUUGAAAGCAAAAGAUAAUCGUGGACGGCCGUUACUUGAUGUUUUGAUCGAGAAUGAGCAGAAAGAAGUGGUAUCAUAUGCGUCGGUUCAGCGAUACCUAACCGAGAUAUGGGUUGGUCGUAUUGACUGGUCAUUCGGUCGUACAGUGGCAUUUGCUCUUGUUGUUUUUUUGUGCCCUCCAGCAUGGUUCUACUUUUCGUUACCGUUGGAUUCACGCAUGGGAAGGGCACCGAUCAUCAAGUUUGUCUGUCAUAUCGUCUCGCAUGUUUAUUUCACGAUGCUGCUAACGGUUGUCGUGUUGAAUUUAACGCAUAAAAUCUAUGAAGUUACGAGUGUCAUUCCAAAUCCGGUUGAAUGCGUUCUUCUGUUAUGGCUUUCUGGUAAUCUUGUUUCGGAACUGUCGAAUGUGGGUGGUGGUUCUGGACUUGGUAUUGUUAAGGUUUUGAUACUGAUAUUGAGUGCAGCUGCCAUUGCGAUGCACAUAUUGGCGUUUGCGAUACCAGCGUUAUUCUUACAGCAUCUGGAUAACGACGAGAAACUUCAUUUUGCGAGAACGAUGCUGUAUUUGAAGAAUCAAUUGUUUGCAUUCGCAUUGUUGUUUGCAUUCGUGGAAUUUUUGGACUUUCUAACGGUGCACCACUUAUUUGGACCAUGGGCCAUUAUUAUUCGCGAUUUAAUGUACGAUCUCACAAGGUUUCUAGUGAUCUUACUUCUCUUCAUUGCCGGAUUCACUCUUCACGUCACUUCGAUAUUCCAGCCGGCCUAUCAGCCAGUGGAUGAUGACAGUGCAGAUUUGAUGCGUUUAGCAUCACCCGAACAGACUCUCGAGAUGUUAUUCUUCUCGUUAUUCGGUUUGGUUGAGCCAGACACGAUGCCACCACUUCAUUUGGUGCCAGAUUUCGCGAAGAUUAUACUGAAAUUAUUGUUUGGCAUCUAUCUUUUGGUCACCCUCAUUGUGUUAAUAAAUCUGUUGAUCGCUAUGAUGUCCGAUACGUAUCAACGCAUUCAAGCGCAAUCCGAUAAGGAAUGGAAAUUCGGACGAGCCAUUUUGAUCAGACAAAUGAACAAACGCUCGGCUACACCAGCGCCAAUCAAUAUGUUAACGAAACUGAUGGCUGUUCUACGAGUCGCUUAUCGAAAUAAACUACGAGUUUGUACGUUGAAAGCGCAACAAGAUCUUCGCUAUGAAGAGGAUAUCGAUGCGUUUUCGAUGAACGGUGAUGGAGGACGGAACAGUCCUGGGCCAAGGCAGGCUGAUGAAAAUAAUGAGAUACGCGAUAAUGCAGAACUAGGUAAGAGUGCAGAUUUGAAUAUUGAAACAGUAAUCGACUGGAAAAGAAUAGUGGAGAUGUAUUAUCAAGCGAAUGGUAUGGUGGACAAAGCUAAUGUUAAUUUGGAAGUACCUUCAUAA